AUGAUUCGGGCUCCACCCUUUCCCCAAGCCCGGCGCGUGGUGAUUGGUUGCAUCGCUGAUAAUGAGUGUGUAUAUGGCAGCUACCCUGAAAUUCCUUUGGAAGAAAUGCCAGAUGCAGAUGGAGUAGCCGGUGCUCUAUCCCUCAGUAUUCAAGAGCCAUGCUCUCCAGCCACAUCCAGUGAAGCAUUCACGCCGAAGGAGGGCUCUCCUUACAAAGCCCCCAUCUACAUCCCUGAUGAUAUCCCCAUUCCUGCUGAGUUUGAACUUCGAGAGUCAAAUAUGCCUGGAGCAGGCCUUGGAAUAUGGACCAAAAGGAAAAUUGAAGCAGGUGAAAAGUUUGGGCCUUAUGUGGGAGAGCAGAGGUCAAACCUGAAAGACCCUAGUUACGGAUGGGAGAUCUUAGAUGAGUUUUGCAAUGUGAAGUUCUGCAUAGAUGCCAGUCAACCAGAUGUAGGAAGCUGGCUCAAGUACAUCAGGUUCGCUGGCUGUUAUGAUCAGCACAACCUCGUUGCAUGCCAGAUAAAUGAUCAGAUAUUUUAUAGAGUAGUCGCAGACAUCGCACCAGGAGAGGAGCUCCUGUUGUUCAUGAAGAGUGAAGACUAUUCCCAUGAAACCAUGGCGCCGGAUAUCCAUGAAGAACGGCAAUACCGCUGUGAAGACUGUGACCAGCUCUUUGAGUCCAAGGCUGAGCUAGCAGAUCACCAGAAGUUCCCAUGCAGCACUCCCCAUUCGGCUUUCUCAAUGGUGGAAGAGGACUUCCAACAAAAGCUUGAGAGUGAAAAUGAUCUCCGAGAGAUACAUGCGAUUCAGGAGUGUAAGGAAUGUGACCAAGUGUUUCCCGACUUGCAAAGCUUGGAGAAACACAUGUUGUCACAUACUGAAGAGAGGGAAUACAAGUGCGAUCAGUGUCCCAAGGCAUUUAACUGGAAGUCCAAUUUAAUUCGCCACCAGAUGUCACAUGACAAUGGAAAGCACUAUGAAUGUGAGAACUGUGCCAAGCAGGUUUUCACGGACCCUAGCAACCUUCAGCGGCACAUCCGCUCUCAGCACGUUGGUGCCCGGGCCCACGCGUGCCCCGAGUGUGGCAAAACGUUUGCCACUUCGUCGGGCCUCAAACAACACAAGCACAUCCACAGCAGUGUGAAGCCCUUUAUCUGUGAGGUCUGCCAUAAAUCCUAUACUCAGUUUUCAAACCUUUGUCGUCAUAAGCGCAUGCAUGCUGAUUGCAGAACCCAAAUCAAGUGCAAAGACUGUGGACAAAUGUUCAGCACUACGUCUUCCUUAAAUAAACACAGGAGGUUUUGUGAGGGCAAGAACCAUUUUGCGGCAGGUGGAUUUUUUGGCCAAGGCAUUUCACUUCCUGGAACCCCAGCUAUGGAUAAAACGUCCAUGGUUAAUAUGAGUCAUGCCAACCCGGGCCUUGCUGACUAUUUUGGCGCCAAUAGGCAUCCUGCUGGUCUUACCUUUCCAACAGCUCCUGGAUUUUCUUUUAGCUUCCCUGGUCUAUUUCCUUCCGGCUUGUACCACAGGCCUCCUUUGAUACCUGCUAGCUCUCCUGUUAAAGGACUGCCAAGUACUGAACAGACAAACAAAAGUCAAAGUCCCCUCAUGACACAUCCUCAGAUACUGCCAGCUACACAGGAUAUUUUGAAGGCACUAUCUAAACACCCACCUGUAGGGGACAAUAAGCCAGUGGAGCUCCAGCCCGAGAGGUCCUCUGAAGAGAGGCCCCUUGAGAAAAUCAGUGACCAGUCAGAGAGUAGUGACCUUGAUGAUGUCAGUACACCAAGUGGCAGUGACCUGGAAACAACCUCGGGCUCUGAUCUGGAAAGUGACAUUGAAAGUGAUAAAGAGAAAUUUAAAGAAAAUGGUAAAAUGUUCAAAGACAAAGUAAGCCCUCUUCAGAAUCUGGCUUCAAUACAUAAUAAGAAAGAAUACAGCAAUCAUUCCAUUUUCUCACCAUCUUUAGAGGAGCAGACUGCGGUGUCAGGAGCUGUGAAUGAUUCUAUAAAGGCUAUUGCUUCUAUUGCUGAAAAAUACUUUGGUUCAACAGGACUGGUGGGGCUGCAAGACAAAAAAGUUGGAGCUUUACCUUACCCUUCCAUGUUUCCCCUCCCAUUUUUUCCAGCAUUCUCUCAAUCAAUGUACCCAUUUCCUGAUAGAGACUUGAGAUCGUUACCUUUGAAAAUGGAGCCCCAAUCACCAAGUGAAGUAAAGAAACUGCAGAAGGGAAGCUCUGAGUCUCCCUUUGAUCUCACCACUAAACGCAAGGACGAGAAGCCCUUAACCCCAGUACCUGCCAAGCCUCCAGCGACCCCGGCUGCAAGCCAAGACCAGCCCCUGGAUCUAAGUAUGGGCAGCAGGAGUAGAGCCAGUGGGACCAAGCUGACUGAGCCUCGUAAAAACCACGUGUUUGGGGAGAAGAAAGGAGGCAACAUUGAACCAAGACCAGCAUCCGAUGGUUCCUUACAGCAUGCUAGACCCACUCCUUUCUUUAUGGACCCUAUUUACAGAGUAGAGAAAAGAAAACUAACUGACCCACUUGAAGCUUUAAAAGAGAAAUACUUGAGGCCUUCUCCAGGAUUCUUAUUUCACCCACAAUUCCAACUGCCUGAUCAGAGAACUUGGAUGUCGGCUAUUGAAAACAUGGCGGAGAAGUUGGAGAGCUUCAGUGCCCUGAAACCAGAGGCCAGUGACCUUCUACAGUCGGUUCCCUCCAUGUUCAACUUCAGAGCUCCUCCCAACGCCCUGCCAGAGAACCUUUUGCGGAAAGGAAAGGAACGCUAUACCUGCAGAUACUGUGGUAAGAUUUUUCCAAGAUCUGCGAACCUAACACGGCACUUGAGAACCCACACAGGAGAGCAGCCUUAUAGAUGCAAGUACUGUGACAGGUCCUUCAGCAUAUCUUCUAACCUGCAGCGGCAUGUUCGCAACAUCCACAAUAAAGAGAAGCCCUUUAAGUGUCACUUAUGUGAUAGGUGUUUUGGUCAACAAACCAACUUAGACAGACACCUCAAGAAGCACGAGAAUGGGAACAUGUCUGGUACGGCAACAUCAUCGCCUCAUUCUGAACUGGAAAGUACAGGUGCAAUCCUCGAUGACAAGGAAGAUGCUUACUUCACAGAAAUUCGAAAUUUCAUCGGGAAUAGCAACCACGGCAGCCAGUCCCCCAGGAACACGGAAGAGAGAAUGAAUGGCAGUCACUUUAAAGAUGAAAAGGCUUUGGUGACCAAUCAAAAUUCAGACUUACUGGAUGAUGAAGAAGUAGAAGAUGAGGUGUUGUUAGAUGAGGAGGAUGAAGACAAUGAUAUUACUGGGAAAAUGGGAAAGGAACCGGGGACGAGUAAUUUACAUGAAGGAAACCCCGAGGAUGACUAUGAAGACGCCAGCACCCUGGAAAUGAGCUGUAAAGCAUCCCCAGUGAGGUAUAAAGAGGAAGAAUAUAAAACUGGACUUUCUGCUCUAGAUCAUAUAAGGCACUUCACAGAUAGCCUCAAAAUGAGGAAAAUGGAAGAUAAUCAAUAUACAGAAGCUGAGGUGUCUUCUUUCAGUGCUUCCCAUGUGCCAGAGGAGCUUAAACAACCGUUACACAGAAAGUCCAAGUCACAGGCAUACGCUAUGAUGUUGUCAUUGUCCGACAAGGAGUCCCUGCAUUCUUCAUCCCACAGUUCUUCCAACGUGUGGCAUAGUAUGGCCAGGGCUGCAGCGGAGUCCAGUGCCAUCCAGUCCAUGAGCCACGUAUGA